GCAUUUCCCAAAUCGGGGGUCAAGUGUGAGACCCCGAAGUCUCGACGAAGACCUUACUGUGUCUUCCAUCAGGAUGUUAAUGUCCUGACCUCGAGUACACGUCCGAGGAAGACGAUCCCACCUACAGGCUUUGAGGAGUUCCUUGAAGGAGGCUGCGGCAGUGUUGAUACAAUAAACAAAACAACAGAAGGUAGAGAAACACGUCAACAGUCCCUCCCGUGACGACACAAGAUGCUGCACCGGGCGUUAGCAAUGACGUGCCUCGCCUUUCUGGCCUCGACGACCACAGCAGACGCGACGAUGGACGUGAGCUACGAGGUGAAGGAGGACCUGCUGGACUUGGACAUAGCUCUGGGGCUGGACACGGGCGUGGGCGUGAGGUGUGUGGAGGGGUUACCGCGCGGGGAGGACGGCCUGGAUUACUGUCGACCCCUCUCACCCCAGGACAGACUCCGCAUGAACAAGACCGCCACCAAUUUGUUGGUGUUGACGGUGAAGCGGCCUGGCAGUGAUGGCUUCAAGCGCUUCCUCAGAUCCACCAAAGUCUACGGAUACAAAGUUAAGGUCCUGGGAGAAGACCAGAAGGAGGUAGUGGAUGAGAAGACACACCUCCAGCUGCUGAGGGACACAUUUGACUCCCUUAGCCAAGAUGAGGACAGGGUCGUAUUGUAUACUGAGAGCGAGGAUGCCUUGUUUUCGGGUGGACCAGUUCGAGUGAUUGAGGAGUUCGAAGCUUCGGAUGCUGACGUUCUGAUCUCCGCCGAUGGGUUCUGUUGGCCAGAUAGAACCAUGGAGCCUAACUUCCCGAAGGUGGACCGAGGCAAGAGGUUCCUUAAUUCUGGCGGUUUUGUGGGUCGUGUGGGAACCAUUCACAAGCUUCUGUCACAGUCCUCAGAGGAGGCAUCACUACAGCUGCUGCUCACACUUGCCUACGUAAAGGACGCCACCAGGAACAAGUACAACCUCAAGCUGGACCACCUCUCUACCCUCUUCCAGAACCUGAAUGGUGCCACAGGUGACGUGGAGCUGCGGUUUGCAGGGAAGGAAGCCUACCUACAGAACACUCUGUACAACACUGUGCCUGUAGUGAUUCGGGGUAAUGGUCACACCAACCUCGUUCUCCACACUCUGGGGUCCUACCUGGCUCGUUCCUGGAAUCCUGAGGAUGGGUGCAGGUCCUGCUGGGACGACAUGCUCUCAUUAGAGGACAAGAAGGAGGAGGAACUGCCCAAGGUGACCUUGGCUGUGUUUGUUGAGAAAGCCACACCUUUCAUGGAGGAGUUCCUCGAUAAGAUCAACAGCUUGUUAUACCCCACCUCCAGGAUAGAUCUCUUUGUCCACAAUGUAGAAGAAUACCAUGAAGAGAUGAUCAAUGGCUGGAUAGAGGUAGUCGGGGAGGAGUUUGCCUCGGUCAAGUACAUCAAGCGGGAGGAGAAAGUGAAGGAAUGGCACGCCCGAAACACCGCCGUCGACUACUGUAUAGAGAGAGGCUGUGCUUACCUCUUAAUGGUCGACUCUGAGGCUCACCUGGACAAUCCCUUCAUAGUUAAACUCCUCAUUGAACAGAACAGGGAGGUAGUGGCACCUAUGAUGAUUCGACCCUAUAAGGCUUGGAGUAACUUCUGGGGCGCCAUCACUAACGACGGCUUCUACGCUCGGUCUAUGGACUACAUGGAGAUUGUCCAGAGUCAGAGAAGAGGGUUGUGGAAUGUGCCAUUCAUCAGUGGCUGCUACCUGCUGCGACGCUCACUGUUGGAUGACCCAGAUAAGAGACCUUCCUUCAUCAAGAACCUCCUUGACCCUGACAUGGCCCUCUGUGAGAACCUCAGAGAGAAGGGUGUCUUCAUGCACGUCAGUAAUCGUGUGGACUUCGGUCAUCUGGUCAACGCUGACAAGUUCGACACCUCCCAUAUGAAUAAUGAACUGUGGCAGGUUAUUGAGAAUCGUUGGGACUGGGAACACCGCUACCUCCACCCCAACUACUCUCAUGCCGUGGCUGAGAACACCACUGUGGAGAUGCCCUGCCCUGAUGUAUACUGGUUCCCACUCUUCAAGGAACGCUUUGCCAAGGAGAUGAUUGAAACCUUUGAAAACUUUGGGGUCUGGUCUGACGGCACAAAUAAUGACCCACGGCUUGAGGGCGGGUAUGAAUCGGUACCCACCAUAGAUAUCCACAUGAAGCAGGUGGGUAUGGAGCAGGAGUGGCUGGACAUCCUGCGGGUAUACAUACAGCCUAUACAGCUCAAGGUCUUCGAGGGUUACAACAACGACGCAGGACCCCCGCGAGCACUCAUGAACUUUAUGGUGCGCUACAAGCCUGAUGAACAGCCUCUCCUCAAACCUCACCACGACACCUCCACCUACACCAUCAACGUUGCACUCAACAAACCCGGAGUUGACUAUGAGGGUGGCGGCUGUCGAUUUGUGAGGUACGACUGCUCUGUCACGGAUUCUCGGGUGGGCUGGGUGUUGAUGCACCCUGGACGACUCACUCAUCUACACGAGGGCCUCAGAACUACAGCAGGAACAAGAUAUAUCAUCGUUUCAUUUGUUGAUCCUUAAACGUUCUGUAGUUUAUACACUUGUUCAAAGACAAGUUCAGCACAAACAUUACUUUAGCAGAUGAAUAGUAAAUAUAUUUAUAAGGUUAUAUUUAUUGCAUCUGUUUUCUCUUGCUCUUAUUGCUAUAAACAGUAGACUCUACCAUCUGCAGAGGCUGGGGGAAGAGGCCUCACAUACUGGUUAUUUUAGACAGUUAACGCUGUGAUGUGGUUGACGAGAAACACAAAUAAAGUGACAUUUAAUAUAUUUAAUAAUAUUGUACUAUAAUACCCGAAUAAUAUUGUACUAUAAUACCCAUCCUCCUCCAAAAGUAACCACGCCAUACAGAUGCCGUGGCAACACAAAAAAAAGUUAACCAACCAAACAAAAACUUACGAUCUUCCUCAUUCCUAAACUUCAAGAAAUUCUUAUUUUAUCUACCAGCAUUAGGUCACCCACAAGCGCUCUUUAGUAACUGACAUCCUUAGUCCUACAUUCUUUUUGACCGUAAUCUGGUACAUGGUAACAAUUCACAUCAGUGUGAGAAUCUUAAGUGGUCCUUUCGUUGGUGCAGAGUCCGGAGGUAAUAUUGUACAGUACUACACUUGUUCCCGCCCUCCUUCACAUACUUCUCUCCUGUUUAAUAAGCAACAUGUUUUCUUUCCUUUACUUUCAUCCUCAAUAACGAAAACACCACCACCGAUCAUUUGGAAACCAUGGUACUCACUUGACUGUAUAAAUGAUAGUAGUUGGUACAACACUUGUAUUGUACAGUAAUUUAAUAUUUGCAAGUUCGAAUCUCAGUCAGAGAGGACUAGUUUCCCUCAUACACUCACCAAUAAGUAAUGUACGCUAUCAGGCUCUCUAUGAUCUCAAAAGAACACUUAGGUGGACUAGCAUCUACCAAGAGAUUACUCAACUCCCUAGUUAUUGAAAGCAGAGCCAGGUCAGUACUGUGAAGGUAUCUGCCUGGCCACUGCACCACAAGAGAGGGAUUUAUAGAGUAUGAAUGUUGUAAAAUAUGGUUAUUAAAUCUCCAGUAUAGAAUCCUACUGUUGGCUGGACAUGCACUACUGUACUUGCCAUACGAGACACUGAAGGUGAAAUGUCUUGACCUUAACCAACAAACUAUUUUAUCUCCACUUAAGAAGUUGGACCAACACUUCUAAUCUUUAAAUGGCCAAAACAAUUUAUCUUUAUCAACUUUUAGUAUUUAAUAUUGAUUAAUACAGAUAGUAGUCACCCUGGGACGGUGGACAGUACUGGGUUGACCAAAAUACACGACUCGUAUAUAGCACAGUACAAUAUGCCCUAAGUUAUAGAGCAGAUAGUAGAGUUUAUUGGGAUUUCUUGGUAAAUUUUAUUUUUUUAUAUAUGCCAAACAAUAAACAAUUCUAAUAUUUUAAUCUUUGGCACAACAGAGGUUAUCAAUUUUAUAUUGUUCCUUAUUUUAUGUGAUAAAAUAUUUAUAAUAAAACUUAAAAUAUUUAA